CUGGAGCAACACAGAGAAACACUGCCCCACUACAGGAAGACUAGGAACUCUGAACAGGGCUCUGCUCCCCUCUGGAAUUUGGAACAGGGGAACAAUAAGGCUCUCAUUUCCUGAGGAGCCAGGCGCUGCUACCUCACAGCCAUGAGUUCUCAGACCAGCUUUGGCAGCAGCAUGCUGUUCCAGAAUAUAAACGAUGACCUGAACGCAUCGCUGGCUACAGCAGAUGAGUUAUCCAGAGAGUUCAACUCCCUGCUGAAGGAGGCCUCCUCCAACAACAACACUCAGACCAGCUCUGAAGUCUCCCCGGAGAAGCCUAAGAGGGUGUCGAGUGGCAGCAGUAAUGGAAGCUCCAGCUCCAAGACUUUAUCCCCGAGCUCAACAACUUCCCGUCCGUUGGACUCCGUCUUCUCCAGCAGUAAGAGCGCAUCCCCUCCGGUCUUCUACACCAGUCCGGUGUCAUCCCCCAAGAUCCAGAGGGCGCACUCUCCACUUCCUCGGGCUGGAUCCGACAGCUACUCGUACGGCCAGCAGGGCCCCAGGAUGGCGCCUAACAGCCCGAGGCACAACUCCCCUUCUCAGUACGACAGGAGCCCACGAAGCUCCACCAGUUACAUGGAGAGAGGCUCUUCUCCAAGUGUCAUGGCUGGUCCUGCCUCGCCCUUCACCUCAUCCUCCAAAUUGCUGAGCCCUUACGACGGGAGCCAGAUGGGCCACAGGUCGCCUCGGGGAGAAAGAAGCCGCUCCCCCGUUUCUUCGAACUAUCCUAUGUCCAGCACACUUCCCAGAAACGUUGGUGUCAGGCAACCUGAGGAGGGUGUGCACCGGCAGAAGAACUCAGGCAAGUGGAGCGAGACAGAUCUAGACGUGUCCUACGACAAGAAACCUCACCACACCUAUGACAAGACAGAGUGGCUACAGCCGUCUGUGCCAAAUAGCAGCUGGAGAGAGUCCAACCUCGAUGGCCCCCUUCCGGCCCAAGGCCCAAAAAAGGAUCCUCGCUCUCAAAAUCUCAAGUUUUCCCACGCGUCUCUCCCGCGUAACAUACGUAUAACAGUGCCUCCAGAUGUUUCAUCCCCAGUCCACUCCCCAUACCAGCCUCAGCCCAUCAUCUCCCGUAUUUCUAUCCCCCCAACAUCGUCUCCGUCCCGCCAGCGCAAGCCCAUCCCUCUCUCUGUCAUCAUGCGUCUACAAAACCCCCGCUGGGGAGGAAGACCAGUCCCCAACCCCAGACUCAUGGGAGGAGACGGUGAUAUGGCCCCUUACCCACCAACCGUACCAUUUCCGAGGGAAUUCUUCCACCAACUUGUUCCCCCGUCACUGCAGUACCCACCUGAGCUGAGACAGCCGGCAGUGUACAGUGACGUACUGAACUCCGGGGAUAUAGAUGCAGAGUUAGAGCGGCUGGACUUAGUUCAUCACAUGCCUGUGAUUCAGGAGACUCCUAGCACACCAGAGGGCAGCAGUGAGGGUAUGGCCCCAGCCCCCCGGCCCCUCAGCCCCACCAGGAUGCAGCCAGUGGUGGCCCAGAGCGAGCAGAUCCCCAACCUGGAGGAGCUGCUCCGCAUCCGGGCAGAGAUCCCCCGGGCCCUGAAGCGGCGGGGCUCCCAGGAUACUUCCAAGCCACUGAAGAGCGCCUCCCACUACCAGCCCAACCAGUACAAAAACCUAAUUGACAAGCUUUUCCGCAAGAAGGCCCGCCGUCAGAAGGGGGAGAAGGGGAGUGAGACCAGCAGCUCAGAAGAAGAAGAGGACUUCGCUACACCUCCUGCACAUCUACCUGCAGCCACGAUGCAGCAAGAUUUCAGACUCUACCAUUCCAUCCUGCGGCGACCCAAGCACAAGAGUUCUGGGAGGCGAGCCCGCCUCAGCCCGCUGGUCCUGCUGCUGGACGGGUCACUGGUCGGAGAACUGGAGACGGUGCAGAAGGCCGUGCAGGAGAUGAGCGACCCCAGCCAACCCAACGAUGAAGGCAUCACCGCCCUUCACAAUGCCAUCUGCGGCGGCCAUUACAACGUGGUGGACUUCCUGGUUCGUAUUGGAGCCAAUGUCAGCGCUCCAGACAGUCACGGCUGGACCCCGCUGCACUGCGCCGCCUCGUGUAACGACCGGCCCCUGUGUGAGUUCCUGGUGAGGAACGGAGCGGCGGUCAUGGCCAUGACGGAGAGCGACGGCGCCACCUCCUCCCAGAAGUGUGAUCCUUACGCUGUCGGCUAUGAGGAGUGUGAGACCUUCCUCAGAGGGGUGGAGGAGGCCAUGGGCACGGAGAACAGCGGGGUGCUGUACGCUCUGUGGAGCUACCCGGCUCAGCUAGCCGAUGAGCUGAGCUUCAAAGAGGCCGACAUGGUCACCAUCCUGCAGAGACCUGAGGGGUCCGACUGGUGGUGGGCCUCGCUCUGCGGCAGGGAGGGCUUCGUUCCAAACAACUACUUUGGGCUCUUCCCGAAGGUCCGACCUAAAUCUCUCUGCUAAGCUGACGACGGUCAAACUGCUGCAGAGGACUGUUCUGUGUGUGUGUGUGUGUGUGUGUGUGUGUGUGUGUGUGUGUGUGUGUGUGUGUGUGUGUGUGUGUGUGUGUGUGUGUGUGUGUGUGUGUGUGUGUGUGUGUGUGUGUGUGUGUGUGUGUGUGUGUGUGUGUGUGUGUGUGUGUGUGUGUGUGUGUGUGUGUUACGAAAGGAGUGAGGGAUGGUUUGGAUCCAGAGUUGCAGGAGAAGUAUUUAUUCGGACGUCACUGACCAAGAUAAAUCCGAGACAUCGUUUGUAUCGUCUCUGCUGUAGGAAAAUCGUUUAUAGUGAACUGUUAUUAUCCAAAUGUUAGAGAGGAGGCCAGAUUCCCUGCUGUCCCGCGUUGACAUUUCUGGCUCAUUGCCUGGUUGGGAAUAAGAAGGCAAACUGUGGAUGUUCUUCAGAGAGGUCAAUGUACGCUGUUAACAAGCCAUGAUGGCUCCAUUUAGAAAAGGGCUGCUUCUAACACAUUAACCUCCUCAUUCCUGGAGGAGAGUCGUCAAAGAAGCGUCAAACUGAAAAGUGAAAACGCUUAUGCUUAUUUUAUAAUAUUAUUAAAAUAUUUUCUGUGUA